CCGUGCAGAUAGUUGGUGUGUGGCUACAGGAGAGACAGGCAAGCUUUGUGAAACAAAACUUGAUGAAAAAGCAUGUUGUGCAAUGACCAGUACAUCCAGAUGAAUAGCUAUAGGAAAGCUUUGCACACAUGCUGCAGUUGAAGGCAAGGCCCAAAAUGAAAGCAUUAUCAGCUGUUUCAGGGCAUCAGCAUUAGACAGAGAGCACUAAAAGGAAGAGAGGGAGAGGCAGCAAGCAAGCAAUAGAUAAAGAGGCAGAGAGAAAGAGAGCAGGAACAGAAAGCAAGACAGAGAGGCUGCUCUCGUUCAGGCUUGUUACUGAUCGUACUGAAAGGCUUCUUGUGUCAGCACCAUGGGAAAGUCAGGCUCAAAGCAGUUUGCUGAGGAGGUACUGCAGUGCCACAAUGAGUACAGGAAGAAGCACCAGGCUCCUCCACUGGCACUGAGCAGCAAGUUGAGCAAAGAGGCUACCCGUUAUGCUGAAAGUCUGGCCAGCACACGGAUCCUGAAACAUAGUGUGGAGUCCAAUAGAGGCAGCUGUGGAGAAAACCUGGCAUGGGCGUCCUACGACCAAUCAGGGAGGGAUGUGGUAAACCGCUGGUAUGAUGAGGUGAAGCAGUACAAUUUCAACCGUCCUGGAUUCUCCUCCAGCACUGGCCACUUCACUGCAAUGGUGUGGAAGAGCACUAAAAUGCUGGGUGUCGGUAAGGCCACUGCAUUAGACGGUUCUUCCUUCGUGGUAGCAAGAUACUUCCCACCUGGGAAUGUCACCAACCAGGGGCACUUCGAUAAAAACGUUCUCCCAGCUAAAGCCACUUCCUAAAGAUGUCUAGAUCCCCAAGACUUGGCUCAAGCCCAAAGGCAUUUAUUCCUUUUUCGAAGAGGGAAGUUAUCUGCUUGAACUGCUGUGAAGAGCACUCAGGAGAGCACCACUUCUUGCCUAGUAGAGACCCAUACUACAGUCUUGUAUGGAUUCUAAAAAUUGCACUUGGGCUUUAAGUCCCAUGAUUGUAAUUUUGAAAGGGGUGUGCAUGAUACAAAAAUGAAAGAAGCAUUACUGUUUGACAUUGCUAACAACAUAUGUCCAGAGACCGUGUGGAUUGUAUAAUCUUGAUUUUGAUUUAUGUUGUCUGUGAUGGUAUCUCGUUAAUUCAUUAAUUCUAGUGCUUUUCACAUUUCCACACACUGAAACACACCAUAGCCUCACAUCCGUAUUUGUUUUGGAAUGGGAACUAAUUCAGUCAAAAGGACAGAGAACAUACGUUUACAUGAGGAGUCACUGCUUAUCAUUUAAAGCUGAUGACUCAACAUGAUUGGUAUGUGUUUGUGUUAUUUCAACUACUUGUCAAACCAGAACCCUGUCAUCCCAGUAUACUCUUCAUCAGUUUUGUACAAUAACGUUGAUAGAUUGUCAGAUAUGCAUUUAGCAUCUGUCCAUGCAUGCUAGUGCUAUCAGUAUUGUGUGACAUUCUUAGAGAGUGAGAAACAAAAGAAAAUGAGUUUCAUUUAUAACCCACACAUGCAAUAUGAUAAAGCGGGAACAUUUUAGACAAUGUAAGCACUUGUAUUCAGUAAACACUGAGUAAUGAGCAUGUUUUUCCACAGUUGGUAUUAAAGGUGUGAAUAAUUGUGAGAGUGGCAUAAAUCUUCUGCCUCUAAAAACCAAUAUAGAAGUGCAAAGUAUUUUUUUUUCAUAUCUGCAAACUGCCUCUGCAAAACAAUAAAACAAUUACAUGUAACAGUAAUCAGUAAUAGUGGUGCAGCCUGUUAGUAAUGUUUCUUUACAAAAAGCCAUUUACCCGAAAAUAUUUUUUUAAUGUCUUGCCUGUUUCACCCAUGAACAGCCUCUCAUGGCAAGCUUCAGGCAUUAAAGCUCCAAUCUGUUACCGUAUAAAUUAAAGCUAUAUUGUAUAUUCACUGUAUAUUGAG